AUUUUGUUGUGUGAAUUUUGUGUUUGUGAGUGUGUGUGCAAUAUGAGUAUAUGAAAGAUGCGUGCGUGAAGAUAGCUAAGCUACACCCCAUGCCCCAAUACUCUCAAUCAAUUUCACGUAUCCACUGCUAACCUGAGCCAGUCUCUGCCAUAACUUUUGCAGCUCAGAAUAACAUCAUGAUAGCCUCUCAUUUCAUCACCACCCCAUCUCUUUCACUGUUUUAGCUCCCCCCCCUCUCUCUCUCUCUCCUAUCAUCCUCUCAACUUCUUUAAUUCCCAUACUGCCCCAAACUCUUUACCUUUCUCUCUCUCUCUCUCUCCUCUUUUUUGUUGUUGUUGUUGUUGUUGUGGGUUUGGCUAUGGCGGAGGGUUUCGAGCCCUACCAUGUUCCACAACAAAGCAGAAGAGAUAAGCUGAGAGUGGUCUCCGGCGUGGUGGAAACCACCACAGCAAACCUCCAAGGCUGCGCGGGAUUGCUUCCUCUCUACGAUCCCACCUCGCUUCUCUCCUCCGAUUUGCUUACCGGACACCAGUUUCACCCCGGUGAAGCUUGCAAAGCCAACCAGAGUGUGAAAGAAGAAAGCGUGAAUCUGAUGGGGUUCGUUGGAGGUAUGAUGAACGGUGGAGGCUCGUCUUCUUCCUCGGCUUCUCAAAAUCCUUACUUGGAUCAUCAUCAUCAUCAUCAUCAUAACCAACACUCUUUGCCUAUAAAUCCGACCUCUAUCCAAGACAUUAACUGUAACCCUUUUCUCUUUGCCCCUCGAAGCCUUCACAGCCUUCGAGAUUUCGAUCAGAGUUAUAAUGGCGGUGGUGGUGGUGGUGGGGGUGACGUCGUGUUGUUUAAGCCGGAACCGCUCUCUCUAUCUCUCUCCUCCCACGCUGCCCACCAAAGCAAUCUUCCGCUGGAGCUGAACCUUCAACGUUACGGCUCUGGCGGUGGUGGGUAUGUGAAUAUUCCAGGCAUUGUUGGUGGGAGUGCCUCCGCCUCCAACGACGUCGUCUCGCGGAGCUCCGUCCCGCUCGGUCCCUUCACCGGCUACGCUUCGGUUCUCAAGGGAUCCAGGUUCUUGAAGCCCGCUCAACAGUUGCUGGAGGAGUUCUGCGAUGUCGCCGGUCGUGGAAUUUACGCCGAAAAGAUGGCCGCGGAUUCCGCUCUCAUGGACUCUCCCUUGGAGAGCCUCAGUGCAAGUGGAAUUGUCGACGAUCCGCUUACUUGUGGGGACGGCGGCGAGAUUCGGAGAAAGAAGUCCAGGCUCAUUUCUAUGCUUGAUGAGGUUUACAGGAGGUACAAGCAAUACUAUCAACAGAUGCAGGCAGUAGUAGCAUCAUUUGAGUAUGUUGCUGGGCUAGGCAAUGCUGCUCCCUAUGCAAACUUGGCUAUAAAAUCUAUGUCUAAGCAUUUCAGGUGCUUGAAGAAUGCGAUUACUGACCAGCUUCAGUUCACCAAUAAGGGUGAGGGUCAGGCAACCCAUGGGAAAGAUGAAGCUCCAAGGUUUGGGAAUGCUGAUAGGGGUCUUUAUUGCCAGAGACCUGUACAUGGUUCCGGAUUCCUUGAGCACCAACCUGUUUGGCGACCCCAAAGGGGGCUUCCUGAACGUGCUGUAACCGUUCUCAGGGCAUGGUUGUUUGAACACUUUCUGCAUCCUUAUCCUACGGAUACAGACAAGCUGAUGUUGGCUAAACAAACUGGUCUGUCACGGAGCCAGGUUUCUAAUUGGUUUAUCAAUGCAAGAGUGAGGCUUUGGAAGCCAAUGGUGGAAGAAAUACACAUGCUAGAAACACGGCAAGCCCAAAAAGGUCUACAAAGGGAUGACCGAAGUGCAAACCGGUCAAGUGAUCAUUUAACUUCAGCAAACUCUCUUGUAUCCGACAACCCGUCCACCUCCACCCAUAGGAUUCAAGACGCCCCAUCAAAACGCACUAGAAAUGAACUUGCUGAUAUACCUGUGGGGAAUGAGGAACCACAAAACUUUUCUUACAACUUCUCAAGUCAUCCUCAUUUGGGGGUAGGUGUGAGCAUGGCAGGUGGUGGUAAUAGUGGGGUUUCUUUAACAUUGGGCCUUCACCAGAAUAAUGGGAUUGGUUUAUCAGAGCCCUUUCCCAUCAAUGCAGCUCAACGCUUCGGUCUCGGCCUCGACACAAAUGGCGAGGGAUAUGUUAUGGGCGGUUUUGAAUCGCAUAAUCGGCAUUUUGGAAGGGAUGUUAUCGGUGGGCAGCUUUUGCAUGACUUUGUGGGCUGAAGAUGUUCAGUUUUAAGCCCUGCCUGUCCAUCAAUUAAUUGGAUAUUAUAUAUACUGACACUUUCCCAGUUAGAUGCGCUUUUUAUCAACUCCCCAGACUCCAAGCUGAUGACACAAGAGUGGCUAAAUAGUUGCCUAUUAUGUUGUAAGAGGUAUGUUACAUCAUCGCAUUGUAUACAAUCUCUUCAAGACCCACAACAUAAAUUAUUGGUGUAAAAUUCUUGUGUAAAUUUAUAUGAUAAGAAAAGAUACCAUGGCUUAGGCCAAUCAAAUCUGGGUUAGAUUUGCCUUAUAUUGUGCUUUCACUAUCUCAACUCUCGAGGUCAAUGAGAAUAUAGGUUUUCUCAU